CCCCUCACAUCACACUUUCGGUUUCAACUUUCAAUUACAAUGGAUCUUACAAACUGUUUCAUCUUCUUCCUUUUACUCACUUCUCUUUACUUUGCCUUAACAAGAAAAACACCACCCAAAAAGCAUCCACCAGGUUCCAUGGGGUUUCCCCUCAUAGGCCAAACCCUUAGUUUCCUACAUGCAAUGCGAACCAACAGCAUCGAGCAAUGGCUUCUACAAAGAACAAGUAAAUACGGUCCCGUUUCUAAGCUCAGCCUCUUCGGUACCCCGACGGUUUUCGUACACGGGCAGAGUGCUAACAAGUUCAUCUUCACUUGCGACGGUAACGUACUCGGAAACCACCAACCGCCGUCGUUUAAAAGGAUCUGUGGAGAGAGAAAUAUGACCGCGUUGAUCGGCGAUGAUCACAAGCGUGUGAGGGGAGCCCUUGUUUCGUUUUUGAAGCCUGAAAUGUUGAAACAAUAUGUUGGGAAGAUGGAUGAAGAAGUUAGAAAUCAUGUAGAGAUGCAUUGGCAUGGGAAUCAAAAGGUUAUGGUAAUGCCAUUGAUGAAGACUCUCACUUUCAACAUAAUGAGCUCACUCAUAUUUGGCAUUGGAAAAGGAGAAACAAGAAACAAUCUUAUAGAGCUUCUUCAACAUAUGAUGAACGGCUUAAUGUCAUUACCAAUAAACCUUCUCUUCACACGGUUCAACCGUAGCCUUAAAGCUAGUGCACAACUCAGAGCAUUCAUCAAGAAUCUUAUUAGUGAAAGGAAGGCUGCAUUGGAGCAAAGGGUUGCUGAUACUCGAAAAGAUCUCAUCGCUUGCUUGCUCGGUAUCGGAAAAACUGAGCCUUCGAUCCGUAUGUCCGAUGAAGAAAUCGUGGACAACGUAAUAGGUGUGAUGAUAGCGGGGUAUGAUACAUCCUCCGUUCUCAUUACUUUCUUGGUCAGGCUUUUGGGUAUGGAUCGAUCCGUUUAUGAUAAAAUCGUGCAAGAACAAGAAAAGAUAGCCAAGACCAAAACUUCGGAGCUUUUAUCGUGGGAUGACCUUGCCAAGAUGAAAUACACAUGGAGAGUAGCAAUGGAGACUUUAAGGAUGAACCCUCCAUUGUUAGGUUCUCUUAGGAAAGUCCUCAAAGACUUUGAAUAUGAAGGAUACACUAUCCCCAAAGGAUGGCAAGUGAUUUGGGCCGCAAACAUGACACACAUGGAUGGGAGAAUUUUCUCGGACCCGUCGAAGUUUGAUCCAGCGCGGUUCGAGAAACAAGCGUCGAUCCCGCCAUAUUGCUUUGUGGCAUUUGGAGGUGGAGCGCGGAUUUGCCCCGGGAACGAGUUUGCGAGGAUCGAAACGUUGGUUACAAUUCAUUACUUGGUGACUCGAUUUAAAUGGAAGCUUUGUUGCUUGGACAAUUCAUUUUCGAGAAACCCUUUUCCAGUUUUCAGUGAUGGAAUGCUGAUAGAAAUUGAGCCUAAGGACUGUUAGAAUCCAUUAAAACUUAAAGCACCUUGUAGCAUUAUAAUGUAAUUGUGUUGCUGAAUAAUUGAUGUAUAAUACCUAUCUUUAUAUGUAAUCUCUUUCGACUUCUAAAUCGGAUGAAAUACAAGCUUAGUCACAC